AUGAAAGUAGACACGGGGGCAUCUCGUUCUACAGUGUAUAAACAUGUCUAUGAUGCUGAAUUAUCAGAUUACCCCUUUCAACCUGUGGGAGUAAUUUUACGCAAUUAUUCAGGGGAAAAGAUUCUAGUAGUGGGAAAAAUUACUGUACCAGUGAAAUUUGAAAAUCAGGAACACAUUCUCGAUUUAAUUGUUGUAGAAGGCAAUCUCCCUGCAUUGUUUGGGCGAGGUUGGUUGAGUAGAAUAAGGGUGGACUGGAAGAACGUGUUUAACGUUAAAGAAGAAAUCACCAGGAAUGAGAUUUCAAUCCCUAAAUCUGAGACCUUUCCAGCUGAAUUUAAUGAUGUAUUGGAAAAACACAAGAUGUUGUUCUGCGCUCAGGGCUCUGGUAUCAAGGGUUUUAAGGGAUCCUUAAAACUUAAAGAGGGUGCCAAACCAGUGUUCAUGAAGGAUAGACCGGUCCCUUACUCGCUUGUGGAGAAAGUUGAAAGAGAGUAUGAUCGCUUGGUUGAAUCAGAUAUUUUAUAUCCUGUAUCUAGCAGCAAUUGGGCAAGCCAUGUGGUACAAGUCCCUAAAUCUGAUGGAUCCGUACGAGUAUGUGGGGACUACAAGGCCAUUAAUGAACGCAUAGAAGAUGAUGAGUACAAAUUACCCAAUAUACAAUACAUGUUUGUAUUGCUGUCUCAAAAUGGGGCUAUUCCUGAUACCUUUUCUGUCAUUGAUUUAGCCAGUGCUUUCAACCAAUUAUUUUUGGAUGAAGAGUCCUCUCAGCUACUAACCAUCAACACUAGAAAAGGUUUAUUUAGAUCCAAACGCCUGUGUUUUGGGGUAAAAACUGCAACUUCCCAAUUUCAACGCGUCAUGGAUUCUAUCCUGUCAGGUAUUAAAGGUGUGAUGGUGAGGGUUGACGACAUUCUGGUGGCAACAUCAGGUGGAGCCACCAAUCACAUGGAAGUGAUCAAACAGGUUUUUGGAAGACUGGCAAAGCACAAUGUUAAGGUGAAUGGCCUUAAAUGUCAGUUCUCUCAAACUCAAGUGAAGUACACGGGGCAUAUUUUGAGUAAAGAGGGUAUCAGUCCUGUUAAGAGCAAGCUGGACGCAAAUCGCCUAGCCCCUAGACCUAAAGAUGUGUCUCAGCUGCGAUCAUUUUUAGGCAUGUUGAAUUAUUACUCAAAGUUUAUCAAGGAUUUUUCGUCCAAAGUGCAGCCACUGUACCAACUUCUUGGGAACAAGACUGAAUGGUUGUGGAGCAAGGAGUGUGAAAUUUCAUUUUUAAGGGCCAAAGAAGUUCUCUCUAGUGAGAAAGUUCUAGUCCAUUAUGACCCACAAAAGCCUCUAAAACUGAGUGUGGAUGCCAGUCCAUAUGGCAUAGGGGCGGUAUUGAGUCAUCUGAUGGAAGAUGGCAGUGAGCGGCCGGUGGGGUUUGCUUCUCGUACACUUAACAGUGGUGAACGAAAUUAUGCCCAGAUAGAAAAAGAGGGGCUGGCUAUCAUCUUUGGAAUUAAACGAUUUCAGCUAUAUCUCUAUGGUAGAAAGUUAACACUAGUAACGGAUCACCAACCUCUAACUCGUAUUUUUGGUCCAAAAUCUAAAGUUCCCCCAUUGGCUGCAGCCCGUUUACAACGAUGGGCUGUACUCCUGCCUGGAUAUGAUUUUGACAUUACAUUCAAAACUUCUGCUGACAAUGCUAAUACAGAUUUUUUCAGUCGAUUUCCACUACAAUCUCUGCCUGAUGAUGAGCCUUUGGAUCCAGAUAUGCACUAUGUGUUUGCAACCGUGACAGAUGAAUUGCCCGUAACUGCAGCAGAGAUAGCUGAAGGUACGAAGACAGAUAGUUUGCUUGUAAAGGUAUAUGAAUAUACUUCCUCUGGCUGGCCAAGCACUUGCCCAAGUCCAGAGCUUAGACCCUUUUGGAAUCGUAGAGAUGAGCUUGCGCUGGAAAAUGGGUGCUUAAUGUGGGGUAGGCGUGUCAUCAUCCCAUUGAGCUUACAAAAACGUUUACUGAAGGAAUUACACGAGUGCCAUCCAGGUAUGUGCAGGAUGAAAGCACUAGCCAGGUCCUUUCUGUGGUGGCCUGGAAUUGAUCUUGAUUUAGAAGAGAGGGUAAGGCUUUAUGAUGUGUGUACCCAGGUACAUCAUUCUCCUAAGGCAUUUCCUUUACUGCUGUGGCCUUGGUCAACUGAGCCUUGGCAGAGAAUUCAUGUUGAUUAUGCUGAGGUGAAAGGUCAACAGUUUCUCCUGAUGGUUGAUAGCCAUUGA